CCCCUCGGCAACUGCAACUGGUGCACCCAACCAAACCACCCACCUCGCUCUGCUCAGAUUCUCAGGCGCACGCGCACGCGCACACACACACGGAGAUAGGCCAUGGCAUUCGGCGAAGAACGAGAGAACUACGUCUACAUCGCUAAGCUUGCCGAGCAAGCCGAGCGCUACGACGAAAUGGUGGAUGCGAUAAAGAAAGUGGCGAAACUGGGAGUGGAGCUGACCGUGGAUGAGCGGAACCUAUUGUCCGUUGGGUACAAGAACGUGGUUGGAGCUCGCAGAGCGUCGUGGAGGAUCCUAUCGUCGAUCGAGCAGAAAGAGGAAGGCAAAGGGAACGCUCGGAACGUGGAGCGGAUCAAGCAGUACAGGCACAAGGUAGAGUCCGAGCUCUCCAGCAUUUGCGGCGACAUCAUGAUCGUCAUCGACGAGCAUCUCAUCCCUGCGUGCAUGGCUGGAGAGUCCACCGUGUUCUUCUACAAAAUGAAAGGGGAUUAUUAUCGGUAUUUGGCGGAGUUCAAGACUGGUGAUGAGAGGGAAGAGGCUGCUGAUCAGUCGAAGAAAGCGUAUCAGACAGCUUCUACUACAGCAGAGGCUGAAUUACCUCCUACUCAUCCCAUCAGACUGGGUUUGGCCUUGAACUACUCUGUGUUUUAUUAUGAGAUUAUGAACUCUCCUGAAAGGGCUUGUUACCUGGCAAAGCAAGCUUUUGAUGAAGCUAUCUCGGAGUUGGAUAACUUGAGCGAGGAGUCUUACAAAGACAGCACAUUAAUUAUGCAGCUCUUGAGGGACAACCUCACAUUAUGGACUUCUGACAUUCCAGAGAAUGAAGCUGAAGAAGCUCACAAGCUGGGCAGUUCUGCUAAAGCGGUUGGAGGUGAAGAUGCAGAGUGAAGUGAAGCAGUCCGUAGCUUAGGUUUCAAAAUGUGUGACGGGGAAAAUUGGUGCCUGCCGAGCUAUAGGGUGCCUUUACCCUCUCUCUUUCUCUCUCUCAAGAUGAAUUCUGGUUCUAUCAAUUUGUUGCUGUCCUGUCUGUGGCUUGUAUCUUUGUGAUUGUAGUUUGUCUUUGCAUUUACCCUACGUGGUGUUGACUUAAUCUUCAGGUUUUAAAGGUGUCUUUAGGCGGCCUUUUCUUCAUAUUCUUCUGUUGAAAUUAUGCACCAUUCUGAUGGGAUUCGAAUAUUACCGUUUAAUUGUCCUGAUUAUAUAUAGAGAGACUAAUUCUAUUUA